GGGAAUGUCCCUGCCCAAAGUUUCGGAAGUGGUUAUCCGAAAGCGCAAGAGUAUAGCUGAGGUCAAAGCCAAGCGGUCUGUUCAGGUCAAAAACCAGCAAGUCAAGGCUAAGCAGGCAAAGGGCCGAAAGAAGAACUUCAAACGCAUUGAAGAGUUUGUGAUCCAGAACCGAGCCAAAAACGAGGACUCCAAACGUCUGGAGAAGAUCGUGAAGAAGGCUAAAAGUGCCAAGGUCAACCUUAGCAAGAAAGCGAUUGCCAAGGCUGCCGAGCCCAAAGAGAAGUAUGUAGCCACAGGCCUACCGGUAGUGUUUGCCGUGCGGCUGCUGCCUAUGAACGGUACCUGUGCCGAAACUCGCAAGGCGCUGCUACGCCUGAGACUGUGGGGACUAAAUACUGGCGCGUUUGUACGUCUGGACGAGAGAAACCAGAAGCUGUUGAAUAAGGUAUCCCCGUAUGUAGCCUGGGGUACACCCACCAACAAGACCAUCCGAGAGCUGGUAGUGAAGCGAGGCACGGGAAGGAUUGAAGGCAAACGCGUGCCUAUCACAGAUAAUGCGCUGAUUGAGAAGGAGUUGGGCGACAAGAACAUCAUCUGUUUAGACGAUAUCAUCCAUGAGAUAUCCACCAGUGGCGACCACUUCAACGACGCUAACAACUUCCUGUGGCCGUUUAAGCUGGCCAAGCCUGCUGAGGUGAAGCGAGCGGUUAAGGUCAAGAACCCGAAGACGCUCAACGUGGGUGGUGAUAAGGGCGAUGAGAUCAAUACCCUAAUUGGAGCCAUCAACUAGGCAGCAUACUCGAUAUUUUAUAUAUAUACCUAUAUAUAUAUAUAUACAUAUAUUCAUCUAAUUUUUCUUGGUCGAGAUUGAUGCUCUAGCUUGGUGGGGGAUCUACCGGUAUAAAGAUUUUGCUCCUGUCCCGAUAUAUAGAGAUAGCAUCGAUCGGGACAUGUUUGGUAGUUUGGUAAAUGUAUCUCUAGGCACCCGCCGUCCCCAACAUAUAUAAUUCACCGAUGUGAUCGGUGAUUUGUACAUAUUCCUAUUUUAUUCAAAGUAAAACUUCUGUAAACGUA